AUAUAUAUAUAUAUAUAUAUAUAUAUAUAUAUAUAUAUAUAUAUAUAUAUAUAUAUACCACCACAACAACAACAACCAACCUACCAACAGAAUCUACCACAGGAUCAACAAAACGACCAUCUACAUCGAAAGAAACAACAACAACAAUUGUGAAGUCGUCAUCUACAACAUCUUCAUCUACGUCAUCACCGUUAACAUCAUUGCCAUCCACAUCAUCGCCAUCCACGUCUUCUUUUACAACGUCAUCGUCUACGACAUCCUCUACGUCGCCGUCUACAACACAAACGUCUACCACAAAAGCGACGACACCACUUGAAUGUGUGUUAUCACCGUACAAAGUGAUAUGCAAAGAUAAAAGCAAUUGUUUAGACUCUACUCAAAUAUGCGACAACAAAAUAGACUGUAAAGAUGGUAGCGAUGAAGAUAAAUGUCCGACUUUGUGUCCCAACUGUUCAAGGUUGAAUUUUAAAUGUCACAAGACAUGCCAAUGCACGCCAGUGGAAUACGUUUGUGAUGGCAAAAAUGAUUGUACGGAUGAAUCAGAUGAAUUGGGUUGUCCAAAAAUAAGUACGUCAACUUCACCGACCCCUUUUCCGCCCACAACUACGCUCACCACACUGCCUCCCACUACACUACCGCCCUGUCCAAACAACAAAAUUUACAAACCUUGUCAAAGAAUUUGUCAGGGUAAGUGCACAUUUUUGUUGGAUAAAUGUAUCGAAUCCAGCAGGUCAUGCAAGCCAGGUUGUGGUUGUCCUCAAGGACUUGUUGGAAAUGGUACGUUUUGUGUGCUUCCGUCAGCUUGUCCGUGCUACGAUCCAGUUUUGAGACUAUAUUUUCGUGCUGAGCAGAAUUGGAAUCGAACAUCAUGCGAAAUCUGUAGCUGUUUUAACGAUGCUGUUACAUGUGCGAAGAAACCUUGUGAGAAAUUAUACUGUGUCCCUCCUAUGACCCUAAAAACGAAACCUGGUGACUGCUGCCCCACUUGUGUCGCUGGCACCUUCCAGCCAACCACACUCGCUACAACGUCCAAACCCACAUGUCUACUCAGUGAGUUUUUAUGUGGUAAUGGGCAAUGUAUACCAAAACACUGGGUUUGUGAUGAUGAGAGAGAUUGUUUUCACGCUGAUGACGAGCGCAACUGCACAACGAAAAAGCCAUAUUGCUUCGCUCCAAUAGGUGUGGCCAAUCCUAGCAUCAUCAAAGCUUCAGCGUUUGCAUCUAGUUCACAUCAGUACUCCAUACGGGGACCUGUGUUCCAGGCAUCUAAUGCGAGACUGAAUCACAGAGAAAAACUGAACGUGACUGCAGGAGCGUGGUGCGCGAAUAUAUAUGUUUCCGGAAUACAUUGGAUAAGUGUCGACCUCGGACAAAUCUACACUGUAAAUAAAAUUGCUGUUCAAAGUCGAGACAGUGCAAUUGCGUUCAUCCGAAAUUUUAAACUCAAGUAUAGCAUCAACCAGUACGAUUUUCAAUAUUAUAAAUUGCACGGAAAUGUUAAGAUUUUCUCUGGUAACAGAAGAGUCAACCAGGUUGUUUACCGAAAAUUCGAACAUGCCAUCCAAGCACGUGUCAUACGACUUGAAGUUGUCAAAUAUUACGGCAGACCUUGUUUACGAUUCGAGUUAUACGGUUGUAUUAACACUAGUUUGACCACCACCCCUACGGAGAGCGGCCCUACAACAGUGACAGGUGGUGUUAAACGUUCUACACAAACGACUAAAGCUACUACUUUGUGUCCACGCAACUCCACUUGUUUGUGCAUCAAUACAUGCAAUAGUCUCGCAAAAGACCCGCGUGGUUGUCAUAGAUUACAAUGCAUUGACGCUUGCUCCUGUCCGAAAUAUUUUAAAUACAGUAAAAGAACUGGUUAUUGCCACUCAGACCCGAAGUGUCCGUGUGUGCGAAAUGGAAAGGUUUUUGUGGUGGGUUGUUUCUAGCUUUGACUGGGCUGCUGUAGUUUGUUUCCAAAAUUUGGCACAGUAAAUUUAUAAAAGUAUGCUUAAAAUGACAUCGAAAUUUACAAUAUACCUCUUUCAGGCCAUAACUUGAAAAUGUUUGUUAAUUUCAUAUCCAGUACUAUUUUGGUCCAAAGUAGACUAGGAAAAAAAUGAAAUAUUCUCCCCAAAAAGUUCCGAUCU